AUGGCGGGCCAGUCGUGGGGCGCCCUCGAGAUCGUCGACGAGGCGGACGCGACGCCCCGUGUCGUGGAGCUCAGGGGCGCGAGCGCAAUCGUUGUCGGGCGCACCCACCAGGCAAACGUGGUCAUCCCCGUUCCGUUCGUCUCCUCGGCGCACUGCACGCUGCACUGCGUGGGCGCCGAGUCGGGCACCGAGCUUCCCCGCGUGCGGCUGGUGGACACGUCGUCGAACGGGACCUUCAUCAACGGCAAGCUGAUCGGCAAGAAUGGCGAGGUCGACGUCGCCGAGGGAGAUACGCUCACCUUCUCGCGCGCGCAGCGGUACCCGCUCGCGCGGCUCUCGUCGCUCGCCGCGCCGCUCCCGCCAUCCGCCGCCGAGUCCGACUCGGACUCCUCGCGCCCCGCCAAGCGCGGCCGCGCGGGCGCGCAGGACAGCGCCUUCCUCGCGAACGAGAAAUUAGGUUAA